AUGCAUAUGCUUAUUCACACACGGGACAAACCUUAUGUGUGUGAAGUGUGUAAGAAGCCGUUUAGACGUAAGUUUACUUUAAACAAACAUAUGCGUAUUCAUACAGGUGAAAGACCUUAUGUGUGUGAAGUAUGUACGAAGGCAUUUAGUCAAAAGUGUAGCUUAAGUGAACAUAUGCUUAUUCACACAGGAGAGAAACCUUAUAUGUGUGAAGUGUGUAAUAAGUUUUUCAGAAGAAAGUAUCAUUUAAAGAAGCAUAUGAUUAGUCACACAGGAGACAAACCUUAUGUGUGUGAAGUAUGUAUGAUAUCAUUUAGUCGUAACAGUAGUUUAAAUGAGCAUAUACUUAUUCACACAGGAGAGAAACCGUAUGCAUGUAAAGUAUGCAAGAAGUCAUUUCGUCAGACGCGUUGUUUAAAUUAUCAUAUGCUUAUUCACACAGAAGAGAAACCUUAUGUAUGUGAAGUAUGUAUGAAAUCAUUUAGUCGUAACAGUAGUUUAAAUGAGCAUAUACUUAUUCACACAGGAGCAAAACCUUAUUUGUGUAAAUUAUGUAAGAAGGCAUUUAAUCAAAAGGGUGCUUUGAACAAGCAUAUGCGUAUUCACACAGGAGAGAAACCUUAUGUGUGUGAAGUGUGUGCAAAGUCAUUUAGUCUAGGAGGUAAUUUAAAGAAGCAUAUGCUUAUUCAUGCUGGGAGAUAA